AUGAUCUUGAGUUGGCAACUAAUAGUCUCAUUGGAAAUUGGAUGGUUGACAUCACUUAAUGAUCUUGACUUGGCAGCUAAUAGUCUCACUGGUCCAAUCCCUCCAUCCAUAGGUAACUUGAGGAACUUAACCUCUUUGCACCUUCAUACAAACAAACUUUCUGGUUCAAUCCCUCAAGAAAUUGGAUGGUUGAGAUUGCUUGAUGAUCUUAUAUUGUCAGUUAACAAUCUCAAUGGUUCAAUACCAGCUUCCAUAGGAAACUUGUCCAGCUUAACCUUUUUGUUCCUAAAUCACAACGAGCUUAGUGGUGCCAUUCCUCUUGAAAUGAAUAAUAUCACUCAUUUGAAAUCUUUACAGUUAUUUGAGAAUAACUUCAUUGGCCAACUACCACAAGAGAUAUGCCUUGGUGGUGUUCUUGAAAACUUUACGGCCUUUGGAAACCAUUUCACUGGUCCCAUACCAAAAAGCUUGAAAAAUUGCACUAGCUUAGUCAGAGUUAGGCUUGAAAGAAACCAACUGAUGGGAGACAUAGCCGAAAGUUUUGGUGUGUACCCGACCCUAAAUUAUAUUGAUCUAAGCAGCAACAAUUUUUAUGGUGAGCUUUCUGAGAAAUGGGGGCAGUGCCACAUGCUCACAAGCCUGAGCAUCUCCAACAACAAUAUUUCUGGUGCUAUACCGCCUCAACUUGGGAAAGCAAUUCAACUGCAACAACUUGAUCUCUCCGCCAAUCAUCUAAGCGGGAAGAUCCCAAAAGAGUUGGGUAUGUUGCCAUCAUUGUUCAUAUUGUUGUUGGGAGACAACAAUCUUUCAAGCAGUAUUCCUUUGGAAUUGGGAAACUUAUUCAAUCUUGAAAUUCUUAACUUGGCGUCAAACAACUUAAGCGGUCCAAUUCCCAGACAGCUAGGAAACUUUUGGAAAUUACGGUCCUUCAACUUGAGUGAGAAUAGAUUUGUGGAUAGCAUUCCUGACGAAAUUGGAAAGAUGCACCAUCUUGAAAGUCUCGAUCUUAGUCAAAAUAUGUUGAUAGGAGAGGUUCCACCACUGCUUGGAGAAUUACAGAACCUGGAAACGUUGAAUCUCUCCCAUAACGGGCUCUCUGGCACCAUCCCACACACUUUUGAUGAUCUGAUAAGCCUGACAGUUGCUGAUAUAUCCUACAAUCAGUUGGAAGGUCCUCUCCCCAACAUCAAAGCUUUCGCUUCAUUUGAGGCAUUAAAAAAUAAUAAAGGUCUGUGUGGAAAUAAUGUCACUCAUCUCAAGCCAUGCAGUGCCAGUCGAAAGAGGGCCAACAAGUUUUCUGUUUUGAUCAUAGUGCUCCUCAUUGUGAGCACUCUAUUGUUCUUAUUUGCUUUUAUUAUUGGCAUUUGUUUUCUUUUCCAAAAAUUGAGGAAGAGAAAAACCAAGUCUCCAGAAGCAGAUGUUGAAGAUCUAUUUGCAAUAUGGGGUCAUGAUGGAGAAUUGUUGUAUGAGCACAUCAUACAGGGGACCGACAAUUUCAGUUCGAAACAGUGUAUCGGCACUGGAGGAUAUGGUACUGUUUACAAGGCUGAGUUGCCAACAGGCCGGGUUGUUGCUGUGAAAAAACUUCACUCAUCACAAGAUGGAGAUAUGGCUGAUUUGAAAGCUUUCAAAAGCGAGAUUCAUGCUUUAACACAGAUAAGGCAUCGCAACAUCGUCAAGCUUUAUGGCUUCAGUUCAUUUGCAGAGAUCUCAUUUUUGGUUUAUGAGUUUAUGGAAAAGGGGAGCUUGCGAAACAUUCUAAGCAACGACGAAGAAGCAGAAAAAUUAGAUUGGAAUGUGAGGCUAAACAUUGUUAAAGGCGUGGCUAAAGCUUUAUCUUACAUGCACCAUGAUUGCUCACCUCCUAUAGUUCAUCGAGACAUAUCGAGCAACAAUGUUUUGUUAGAUUCAGAAUAUGAGGCUCAUGUAUCUGACUUUGGCACGGCUAGGCUUUUAAAGUUGGACUCAUCUAAUUGGACUUCAUUUGCAGGAACUUUUGGUUAUACUGCUCCAGAACUUGCUUACACCAUGAAGGUUGAUAAUAAAACUGAUGUUUAUAGCUUCGGAGUGGUAACAUUGGAAGUAAUUAUGGGAAAGCAUCCUGGAGAACUCAUCUCGUCCCUGUUAUCGUCAGCGUCCUCAUCAUCCUCAUCACCAUCAACUGUGGACCAUCGCCUAUUGAAUGAUGUGAUGGACCAGCGCCUCUCACCUCCUGUGAAUCAAGUGGCUGAGGAAGUAGUGGCUGUAGUGAAGUUAGCAUUUGCAUGCUUGCGUGUUAAUCCCCAAUCUCGGCCGACUAUGCAACAAGUUGGUCGAGCACUCUCAACACAGUGGCCACCAUUGUCAAAACCAUUUUCCAUGAUAACGUUGGGUGAGCUGCUGGGUCAUGAUAGUUGA